UGCUCUAAGGCGGGGGGGAGCCCAUGCGGUACCAGUUAAAGGGCAAAGGUUGCCGGCGGCUUCCGGCUUCCGGCUUCUGGCUUCCGGCGGCCGCAGGCAGCCACCGCGCAUAGGCUCCAGGCGUUCCGAGGUGUUGCGUGCUCCUUCCCCCAACACCUCGGUGUCUUGGUAACCGCAGCAGAGCCUCAGAGCAGCCACUGGCUGGUUACAUGGCAGCCCCAAAGAAAACGGUUGUGGGGCCGUUGGUGGGGGCAGUGGUCCAGGGGACGAAUUCCACUCCCUUGCUGGUUUUCAGUUCAAAAACAGCAGAUCUGCUUAGUCACCAUCAAGUGGAAUUAACAGAAGCUUUCCCAAGAGAAGGAUGGGUGGAACAAGACCCUAAGGAAAUUCUUCAGUCUGUCUAUGAGCGUAUAGAGAGAACGUGCCAGAAACUUGCUGAACUGCACAUUGACGUAUCCAACAUAAAAGCCACUGGUGUCAGCAAUCAGAGGGAAACCACUGUAAUCUGGGACAAGUUAACUGGAGAGCCGCUCUACAAUGCUGUAGUGUGGCUUGAUCUAAGAACCCAGCCUACCCUCGAAAACCUUAGUAAAAAAAUUCCGGGAAAUAAUAACUUUGUCAAGUCCAAGACAGGCCUUCCACUUAGCACUUACUUCAGUGCAGUGAAACUUCGUUGGAUUCUUGACAAUGUGAGGCAAGUUCAAAAGGCUGUUGAAGAAGGUAGAGCUCUUUUUGGUACCAUUGAUUCAUGGCUAAUCUGGGGUUUGACAGGAGGAGUUAAUGGACGUGUCCACUGUACAGAUGUAACAAAUGCAAGCAGGACAAUGCUUUUCAACAUCCAUUCCUUGGAAUGGGAUAAAGAGCUUUGUGACUUUUUUGACAUUCCAAUGGACAUUCUUCCGAAUGUUUGGAGUUCUUCUGAUAUCUAUGGCCGCAUACAAGCUGGGUCUUUGGAAGGUCUGCCAAUAUCUGGGUGCUUGGGGGACCAGUCUGCUGCAUUGGUAGGACAACUGUGCUUCCAAGAGGGACAAGCCAAAAACACGUACAGCACAAGCUGUUUCUUACUAUGUAAUACAGGUCAUAAGUGUGUAUUUUCUGAGCAUGGCCUUCUGACCACAGUAGCUUAUAAACUAGGCAGAGACAAGCCAGUAUGUUAUGCUUUGGAAGGUUCUGUUGGUAUAGCUGGUGCUGUUAUUUGCUGGUUAAGAGACAAUCUUGGAAUUAUAAACACCUCAGAGGAAAUUGAAACACUUGCUAAAGAUGUAGGUACUUCUUACGGCUGCUACUUUGUCCCAGCUUUUUCAGGCUUAUAUGCACCUUAUUGGGAGACCAGUGCAAGAGGAAUAAUCUGUGGUCUCACUCAGUUUACCAGUAAAAAUCAUAUUGCUUUUGCUGCAUUAGAAUCUGUUUGUUUCCAAACCCGAGAGAUUUUGGAUGCCAUUAACUAUGACUGUGGAAUUCCCCUCAGUCAUUUGCAGGUAGAUGGAGCAAUGACCAACAACAGAAUUCUUAUGCAACUACAAGCAGACAUUCUGCAUCUUCCAGUAAUAAAGCCCUCUAUGCCUGAAACAACUGCACUGGGAGCUGCCACGGCAGCAGGAGCUGCAGAAGGGGUGGGCGUUUGGAGUCUUAAACCUGAGGAUUUGUCAGUCGUCAUUAUGGAACACGUUUGAGCCACAGAUCAAGGCCAGAGAAAGUGAAAUUCGUUAUUCUACAUGGAAGAAAGCUGUGAGGAAGUCGAUGGGUUGGGUUACAACUCAGUAUCCUGAAAGUGGUGAUC